CGGCGGGGGGUGGCUGGCGGCGCGAGAGUGGCGCGGCCACAGUGCAGUGAGCGGCGCGGAGAGAGCCUACCGCCAUGGCUCUGCGCGCUUUGUUUAUAUUGCUCGCGCUUAUCGCCGCUGGCGACGCCGUGUACGACCGCGAGCACCUCCGCGCGGACCCUCGCUUGCUGGACAGAGCUUGCCAACUCAGCCCCUGCUACCCCGCCACCGGCAACUUGCUCAUCGGACGCGAGGCCCGCCUCUCCGCCUCCUCCACAUGCGGACUGCACGGCCGCGAACGCUAUUGCAUCGUGUCCCAUUUACAAGACCGCAAGAAAUGCUUUUGGUGCGACUCGACGAACAAUACGAUACACGACCCUCAACUGAACCAUCGAAUCCAAAACAUCAUUUACAAAUUUACACCUGGAACGCGGAAUAAAUCUUGGUGGCAGUCUGAAAACGGAAUAGAAAAUGUAACUAUUCAAUUGGAUAUGGAAGCGGAAUUUCAUCUAACCCACUUAAUAAUACAGUUUAAAACAUUUCGACCGGCCGCUAUGUUAGUGGAACGUUCCUUCGAUUUUGGAAAAACUUGGCGCGUCUACAGAUAUUUUGCGCAUCGCUGUGACGAAGCUUUCCCUGGAGUUCCGACGCAUUCUCAACGAUCUUUGACAGAAAUUGUGUGUGAAAGCCGUUACUCUGGUGUGGCCCCGUCUACGGAAGGUGAAGUGAUUUUCAGAGUGUUACCACCUAAUUUAACAUUCGUCAAGAACCCUUACUCAGAGGAAGUGCAGAACUUGUUAAGGAUGACCAAUUUAAGGAUAAAUUUUACUAAACUUCACACUUUAGGUGAUGAUUUAUUAGAUAACAGAGCGGAAAUCCACGAGAAAUAUUACUAUUCUAUUUAUGAAAUGACUGUUCGUGGUUCAUGCUCUUGUUAUGGACAUGCCUCUCGCUGCUUACCUAUGCCAGGAGUAGAGUCUAAAAACAAUAUGGUACAUGGAAGAUGUGAAUGUACUCAUAAUACUCGAGGAUUGAAUUGCGAAUAUUGUGAAGAUUUUUUCAACGAUUUGCCAUGGCAACCAGCGGUAGGAAGAACAUCUAAUGCUUGUAAACAGUGUACAUGUAAUAAUCAUGCAACUAAAUGUCAUUUCGACGCUGCGGUUUAUAAUAAGACAGGGAAAAAGAGUGGUGGAGUGUGUGACAAUUGCCAACAUAACACAAUGGGAAUCAACUGUGAACGAUGUGAACCCAAGUUUUAUAAAGAUCCUAAUUUAGAUAUUCAAAGUCCAGAUAUUUGCAAACCUUGCGAUUGUGAUCCAGAAGGAACGACCGACGAGGAAAUUCUAUGUGAUGAUGAAACAGAUGAAAGUAAUAAUAAAACAGCUGGUCGCUGUUUAUGUAAGAUGAACGUUGAUGGACCUAGAUGUGAUAGAUGUAAAGAUGGCUUUUGGGACUUUGAUCCACGUAAUCCUGAGGGAUGCACGGCCUGUACGUGUAACGGGCUAGGAACGAUUAACGAACGAGGAUGUGAUCCAACGACUGGAAACUGUUUCUGCAAGCGUCAUGUUACGGGAAGAAAUUGUGAUCAGUGCUUACCAGAAUUUUAUGGGCUAUCUGAAAUUGACGAUGGAUGUACGCCUUGUGACUGUGAUGUUGGUGGUUCAAUAGAUAGGGACUGUGACGUUAUAACAGGACAGUGUAAAUGUCGGCCGUAUGUUACUGGUCGACGUUGUGAUCAACCAAUACAAAACUUUUUCGUCGGCGCUCUAGAUUCUAUGGUUUUCGAAGCAGAGUCUAGUCAGUGUGAUUCACAAAUCGAUGAUAAUGCUAUUCAAAGUCAAUUGUGUCACGUUGUUAUUCGUGAAAACUUUCCUGAUGGAAGAAAGGAAACUUGGACGGGUCCUGGUUUUAUGAAAUUACCAGAAGGAAGCACUUUGGUAUUUAUAAUAGAUAAUAUACAAACCACCAUGAAUUACAAUGUUUUGAUAAGGUAUGAGCCUCAAUCAAACCUGAAUUGGGAAGAAGCAACAAUAUUGGUUAAAAGACCAGGACCUAUAGAUUUAGAUUCGCCUUGUGCCAAUAUUCGCCCAGAAGAUGAUAGAAUAACAACUUAUUUGCCUGCUAACCAACGAAGUGUUUUAGUUAUACCACCAGUUUGUUUAGAAAAGCAAAAAGAAACCGAAAUCAGAAUAUAUUUAGGACACCAAGAUAGAAGAACUUCAAAUCCUAGAGCUACGGUACUUAUCGAUUCCAUUGUUCUUAUCCCAUCUUUUGAUGAUUUGCCAUUCUUCAAUAGUAACGAUUCAGUCGCAAAUAAUAUGAAACGGGAAUUUGAUCGUAAUAAUUGUGGAGAUCCGUAUUAUUACGACCUUAAUAGAGACACUGUUCCAGAAAUAUGUAAAAAAUAUCACGCUAGUAUUGGAUUCUACAUAAGAAAUGGAUCUGAAUCUUGUCAAUGUGAUCCCUCAGGAUCAAAAAGUCAUCAGUGUCACCCAUAUACGGGGUAUUGUCAGUGUGUGGAAAAUAUUGUGGGUGCUAGAUGCGAUCGCUGUGCUCCCGGAACGUACGGAUUUAGCAAAUUUGGAUGCAAGCGUUGCGAUUGCAACAGUAUAGGGUCUUUGGACAAUUUUUGUGAUGUAACAAGUGGUCAAUGUAAAUGUAGAGCUAAUACAUACGGUCGUGCUUGUGAUUUAUGUCAACCUGGUUAUUUCAAUUUCCCUAAUUGUGAACAAUGUGAUUGUAAUGGUCAUGCCGUUGAAUGUGACGAUAGAACGGGUGCAUGUAAAGAAUGUAGGGAUUACACAGAAGGUCAUCGAUGUGAAAGAUGUAUAGGCGGAUAUUACGGUGAUCCACGCCUCGGAGUUGAUAUUGCUUGUCGUCCUUGCCCCUGCCCCGGUAUCAAAGGUGAUCCAAAUAAAAAUAAUCAUGCAGAUUCUUGCGAACUCGAUUCAGACACAAAGGAUGUCUUAUGUGAAUGUAAACAAGGUUACGCUGGAGCUCUCUGCGACGUUUGCGCUGAUAAUUAUUACGGCGAUCCAAUUACUGGAACAUGUGAGAAGUGCGAAUGUAAUGAAAACAUCGAUAUUACAAAACCUGGAAACUGCGAUCCUUACACAGGUCAGUGUUUGCAGUGCCUACAUAACACAGCUGGAGAUCACUGUGAAGUGUGUGAGGAAGGCUAUUAUGGAAAUGCAUUGGAAAAAGCAUGUUUCAAAUGUAAUUGUUCAGUCCUAGGAACUAACUUUACUCGAGGAAAUUGUGAUGGUAUAACUGGACAAUGUCCGUGCUUCAAUAAUGUAAUGGGAAUCAAUUGUGAUCAGUGUACUGAAAAUCAUUGGAGAAUUGCUCUCGGUACUGGAUGUGACCCAUGUGACUGCGAUCCAAUUGGAUCUUUAUCUCCUCAGUGCAAUCCUUAUAUUGGCAAAUGUGACUGCAAACCUGGCCAUGGUGGAAGACAAUGUGAUCAAUGCCAGGAAAAUCACUGGGGUGAUCCAAACAUAGAAUGCCAUGAAUGCGAAUGUAACGUAUAUGGUUCUAUAUCACCACAAUGUAUGCGUGAAAAUGGGUCAUGUGUUUGUAAACCUGGUAUAGGUGGUUACAACUGUGAUAAAUGCGCUCGAGGAUAUUUAGGGGAAGCUCCUGAAUGUUAUGGUUGCGGUGAAUGCUUUGAGAGCUGGGAUCGAGUUAUUGAUGAUUUACGAGUUCAAACUGAAUAUGCAAUUGGAAAUGCCAGUAAAAUAAAGGUUGUUGGUGCUACGGGAGCAUAUACUAGAGAUUUUGAUGAAAUGACGAAAAAAUUAACUGAAAUAGAAAACAUGUUAAAUAGCGCUGAUAUGGGACAAACUACAGUCAAUGAAUUAAUGGCAAACAUCAGCAAUUUACAAAACGAACUUACUAAAACCGAGGAAAAAGUAAAAGAAGGCAAUUCUAACUUAAAUGACAUAACAUCUCAAAUAAAUUUAGGUAAUGUUACUUUAGAUAAUUUGAGAAAGAGUAUUGAGAUAUUAAAGAAAAAGACUAUAGAAUUAGGAAAUAAUGCUACAAAGCUGCAGGAAGCAAACUUGGAAGGAGCACUUAAUUUGACACGAGAGGCUAAACAAAGGGCAAUAAAAGCAUCAGAUGAAGCUGAAAAUGUUCAAACUAUUAUUGCUAAUACUGACAGACAAAUAAAGAACACAGAUCGCCUAAUCGAAAUGCAAUAUACACAUUUUAAUAACAAUCAGAAUGAUAAUGAAAAGAAGUUGGACGAUAUACAAGCAGAGUUGUCUGAACUGGAAUCCCGAUUGCCAAAAUUAAACGAGAAAAUGUGUGGCCAAGAAAGCAAUGCUUGUGAUAUAUGUGGUGGCGCGGGUUGUGGAAAAUGUGGGGGAAUAUCUUGCGAUCAAGGUGCUGUUACAAAAGCAGAACAAGCAUUAGAUUUUGCCAAUAAAACUGAACACAGGAUUAAAGAACAUGAACUAACUGCUGAAGAUUUAUUCCGAUCAAUUUCAUUAGUAAAGCAGGACACUGUUGCAGUACGAUCACAGGCAAAAGAGUUGUUCAACAAAGCCAACGAAUUCAAAUCAUCAGCUGAACGUGUUACAAAUGAAAGCAAAGCCAUAACAUCUGAACUUAAGGACUUUUUAUCGAAUACGUCCAGUACUCCAGCCGAUAUUAGGUCUUUGGCUCAGGAAAUCCUUAAUCUCUCUAUUAGCAUAGAACCUAAAGAAAUUACUGAGUUAUCACAGCGUAUCAAUUCGACUGUAUCCCAGCUGACCAAUAUUGAAAAUAUCAUAACUGAAACCAAACCUGAUUUAGAAAGAGCUAAAGGACUCAAACAAAACGCAACUGCUGUUAAUCAGUCAGCUAAUAUUACUUUGCAGACAGCUCAAAAGGUGCUACAGGCUUUGGAUGAUGCGCAAGCAGCUCAGGAUGCAGCAGAAAAUGCAAUCCAAAAAGCAAAUAGUGAUAUAAAAACGGCUAAAGAUGACCUAAUCCCGAUAGCUCAAGAAACUGAACAAGCACAAAAAAAAGCAAAUGAAACUAAAGAUGAAGUUGAUGGAUUACGACUUCGUCUUUCAGACUUACAAAAAAAUAUUCUUAAGAUUGAAAGUGAUGCAGAUCAAGUGAAACAAGAAGCCAAUGAUGUAGUAAACAGAGCUGAAGGUGCUGAACAAAAAGCGAGACAACUGCGACUUGAUUUUAAACAAACAAAUAUGUCACUGGCACAACGAGCUGACCAGACUUCUAAUUCCAGACAGCGAGCUCAAUUGUUGCUCGAUCGAGCUACAAAGCUUGCUAGUGACACACAAAUGCAAUUGAAACUUCUUGCAAACAUGGAAGAAUUAUACAACGAUCACAACGAGCAAUUAAACACUUUGGAAAAAGAAAUUUCUGAACUAAAUACCUUAAUGAAUUAUUAUCUCGCCGAAAUCACGAAACGAUCUGACUACUACAGAGCUUGCACUACAUAGAUAUAUUAAAUUUCCUAAUUCAAUAAUUAUUAAGUAAUCUACGAUCAAUAUUUACCUCUAUUGGUGUUACGGUUUUCACGAGUGCCAUAUCAUGUAGUUAACAGUGUUAGCUUUAUUGUUAUUGAUGUGGUUUGACUACAUCUCGUCUUUAUUUGCAAUGAGUGUCUUUCAGAACUUGUACUUUAAUUUGUAAUUUCCCGAGAUUGUACUUAUGUUAAGAAAAAUCUCAAAAUUAUAUAAGUCGUGAAAUAAUAGUUUAAUAGUAUGAUUAGUUACCCACCUCUUGCCCUAAACUAGCUAUAGUUCAAACUGGCCUUAUGACUUGUCAGAUUCCUUUGAGAGAUUUGUGGAUAAAUGGUGCACUUCCAUUCCGUUAAUUUUCUGGCGUAAAUGGGUAGCUUUACAUAAAUGUUUUAAAAUAUUCCAAAGAAUUAUAUAUUAGUGUUUUUGAAGCGAUGUCUGUUUUUUAUAUCGAAGUCAUUGUGAACUAGCCAUAAUUACAUAGUUGUAAUAAUAAGUAAGGUGUGAUACCUUUUGUUAAUAAUUAUAGAUAAUUUAUGUUUAAUAUAAUAUUGUAUGUUUAUAUGUAGUUUACAUAUAUACUUUUCAUAAAUUAUAGUUUAAUUAAAGCAUUUGUGUUGUAAAAACCUUUACAUAAUUGUACUGUACUUCUACUGCAUUUAUAAAUUAACUUAUUAACAGUGCAUACAUUCACGUGUUUAUAUUUAUAUGUAUUUUUGUAUAUAUUUUUUUUAUAUUUCGGUGCCAUAAGUGUAAUUUUCUUAAACCUUACGUAUUUUUAAUGUGACUUUAUGCACUAACAUUUUUUUACAUUUUGUUUUUUUUUUCUGUAACUUAUGUAGUUAAAGGCACCAAUACUUAAUACUUAAUCAUAAAUAAAAACAAUGAAGUACAUAAUUCAUAA